AUGGAAAACCAUUUGGUACCUCAGGAAAACGUAUUUAAUAGGAGCAACGUCUUCUCUCAUUUCAGCCUCAACAGUGUAACUAAGGACUCUUUCGAUGAUGCUUACAGUGCAGCGAAUCGUGUGUCCUCUGUCUGCUCCAACAGCUGUGAGGCAUCAGUGGGGACGAGGAGUGUAUCCUUGGGGAGGACGCAAUACUUGGGUAGAAGCCCAUCCAUGGGGGGGAGCCUCCACGAAGUUAGUCCUGUGGCCAGCCCCCUAGCAGCAGGCGCCACCACCGACGUGCAAAAUCGAAGUAAGAAUCUAAAUCAAAAUGGAGACCCAUUUUCACGAAACAACACAUGCAGUGCGUAUGGAAGAGACCCGAGGGUGGAAAGAAUGGAUAGUAAUCACUGCUCAGUCCUAUUGCCCCGAUUAAUCCAUAACGAUAUGUCUGCUGAUGCAAAUCACCAUUUGGGUGUUCCUCCACUGAUGACCAUGACAAAAAAUAACUCGUUCAAUCGCUGUCAUGAAUUCAGUGAGGCGUCUACCAAGUGCCUUAAUCUCCGGAGGGGUGUCGAUAUGAGAGUCAUAUCUCCCCCGAACAGUGCCUCGGCAAAUGGUGGAACUUACCUCGGGAAUGAGCAUAUAUUCAUGGGUUCUAACUCUUGCAGGACUAUCAAUGGGUUCAACGAUCCCUGUCCCAUGGAGGUAGAUGCGUCAAAUGGGUUGUACCCCCCAAAUGUAGCCACGAAUCAGAUCGGUAGCUACAACUACGACUUGCUAACGUUCAAGCAACCCACUAGUCUCUAUGAUGGUAUUAACGACGCGGUGGUGAAAGGAAGACCCGACGAUGUGUCAUAUGGCUAUUCCCCUGAAUCGGUUAGAGGAGAAAAUAAUUACAUGCAUCUCGGCGGGGGGCACCUAAACAGUGAUGAAGAGUUUGGCAGUGGGAGUUACUCCAACAAUAUCAACCUGGUGAGGACGAAGGGAUUCUCCCCCCAUGUCACCACAGGGCACUAUGGAAAGGACAGUAGGAGCAGCACUACGACGAGUGUGCUAAAUGAGGAGAUGCUGGUAGGAAGUGGCUUCUCCAGGUGGAAUAUCAACAUGAAAGGUUGUUCCUCCGUAGAUACUCUACGCGAGAGUGUGCUCAAGUUUAUGGCAAUGAAAUUGCAGAGUAACAACGGUGUGGGGAGCGCGAAGGGAAUGAGAAGCAUAGGGCAUACAGGUGACAUGGUGUGCAACACGGGCUGCCCGAGCGUCAACCCUAGUGGCACCAACAAUGACUGCUUUCCCCGCACCAACUAUGAUUGCUUCCCUCGCACCGACUACGACAGCUUCCCUCGCACCAAUCGCAGCUCCACGCAACUGUCCAGCGAGCAGCGUAGAUGCACGACCUUACCACAGAUGAAGUUAGUCCAGACGGGGGGUCCCCAUCGGAGUGUCUACCCCGGCGGCGGUGCCCCAUCAAAGAAGCCAUCGCUAAAGAGCAGCGACGAAGUGAACACGUACAUUGACAGUGACAUAACAAAUCGACGCGCGGCCAUCCCUCGAGUGGCUUCCCCCCGCAUGGUCGAAGCGCUCACCUCGAAAAAACUGCGCAGCGUUCUUCCGCUCAUCAUCAGACCUCUCGAAAUUACCUUCCGCGCCCCCUCCACCUCUUCCAACUGCGCAUUGGCACUCCUGGACAGGGAGUGGCCACCACCAGGAUGAAUGGUAGUGAUGAAGGGUGAGCACGGAGAGAAUGCAGAAGCCCAAGUCACGAAUGAUGAGGUCCCCAAUAAUGGAAACCUAAACUAUGAGGAGAACCGAAGGUGCGAAAGUAGCAAUAAUGAUCAACCUCCCAUGGAGAAAAAAGCAACAAAAAAGAGAUCGAGAAAAUCGAGAGUAAAAAGAAAAAAUAAAAUUUUUGGAGGUAUUGUAAAAAAAGGAGGUAUUUCUUUCGACUUGGAAAUAGAAUCACGUCGGAUUAAGGAGACCCCCUUCUGUGCUUACUCCUUGAUUGACUUACUUAACAGCCAUAACGGUGCUGCUAGGAGGGAGGGCGUAAAUACCACUAUGACUGAAGAAAGAGACAUGGUGUGGUGUUCAUGUGACAUGCAUCAUGACGUUAAUUGCUUCACCGAUUAUGUGGAGUUUUUAAGGGGGAAGACGAUGGGGGAAGAGGAGGAGCAGACGCAGCAGGAGGGGCAGACGCAGCAGGAGGGGCAGAAGCAGACGCAGGAGCAGACGCAGCAGGAGGGCCAGGACGAGUGCUGCAGACGGGUCAACAGUACGAACCAGUUUGAAGAAAAUGACGAGACGAGUGAUAGUCGACGUGAAGACCACAUAGACCGAAACGACGCGAGUGAAGAAUGUCAAAGUGAACCAUCUCACAAAAAAACGGAACGAAUCAGGAAAGAAGGAACACACCACCAGCUGGGAAACGAAUCAGAUGAUCCAAAAAACAAAAACCUCAUCAGAAAAUGCGACAACGUAUACUACAACGUUAAUAAAAUAUGGUCUUCUAAUUUCAACAGACCAUUGGGAGACAUCGGUAGAAAACUGAUCUUAAAAGAAAUACGUGAACUCCAUUACAAGGACGCAUCCAAAACGACAUCACUUCUCAUGCGUGAAGGACUCGAUUAUGGUAAGGUCCGUUUCAUGAAGGUAAGCGAGCUCUACCAUUAUAUGUAUGCACUAGGUGUCUUUGAAUAUGCUGUUAAAAUAUCUCUCGAAUUUGGAUCCAAUAUUCGAAUGAGCAGUGUAGUGACUCAAGGAAGCUAUCAAAACACGUGUAAUAACUUGAAUAACGGUUAUGAUUUUUGUUUUAUUUGUUGUUCACACAAGAACCACUCUCUGAGUUACAUCCCUGUUCGGUUCAGCUUGACUGAGCAUCGGAUAUACAUCAAAAGCUACUCCACUUUUAUUGAAGAAUUUGCAUCGCGCUAUGUAGUGAAAAGGGCGGAGAGGCCUGCCACACGGAGGACCCCAAUUCAUCCAAGUUGGUGUGGGGGUGCGUCCGGCAGUUCGCCUGAUGGGCGGGAGCUCCCGAACGGCUACCUCGGUGGGGAAGCAAAGCAAGCCAAAGAAGCGCGAGAAGCGAAAGAAAACCGAAUGGUGCCCUUAACGGGUGACUUCGUGGCGGAGGGCCGCCAUCCUAAGGGAGAAGGCGAAUGCCAACACGACGCACACACCAGCAGCAGCGUGAAAAGCGGCGUGAAUAGCAGCGUAAACAGCAGCGUAAACAGCCGCGUGAACAGCCGCGUGAACAGCCGCGUGAAUAGCAGCGUGAGUGACGGAGAGGAGGAAGGGGAAACGCAGGAAAUUUAUUGCAAUGGGGAGGACAUUAAAAAGGGUGAUGAAGACGAUGACGGGAGUAGUGGCAUAGUCAGAGGUACCAUCGCUGGAGGUGUUAAUAAAAUUUCAUGCUGCAGCGUCAGUAGCUAUUCCUAUGGCUGCACUUCUGGUUACGCGUCGGGAAGUGGCUCCACUUGCUACGCGUGCACCGGUCGAGGGCUCACCAGCGUCGGUAAGUACCAUCCCUACUUCUACAAGAACUCUGUGUACGUCCCCGAACUGUUAAGUCAUCCUCGAAGAGAGAAAAUCACCCCGUAUGGUUACACAAAAGGAAGACACAACGCUACCGGUGAGGUGGCUCUAUCGGCAACAUGCAAAGGGAAGGCAUGUCCCAAUUGGAAGGAGCUUAUUUGGACCCUAAUUAAGAAUGAAGCGCGUAAUUGUAGUGAGCGUGGCGAAGAGAAGGAAGGGAAGUUAGUGAAGGGGAUGAACAAGUCGUACGAAGCGAACGAGGUGAGGAAGGUGUACGAAGCGAACGAGGUGAGGAAGCCGCGCGAAACGAACGAGGUGAAGAAGGUGUACGAAGCGAACGAGGUGAAGGACGCGUGUCCCUACAUCCAUGCUGAGAUCGCUUCCAACGGUGGACAACACUUCUACAUGAGGCAGGCAAAAAUCCGGAACCCUCCAGGAGUUGCGAGAGGGGGUCACUAUGACAGCGUGAAGGGAGACGAGGAAAAAAUUGAGCAAGGUGAAAAGAUGAAGGAAAGUGAAAAGAUGAAGGAAAGUGAAAAGUUGAAGGAAAGUGAAAAGUUGAAGGAAGUCGAAGGGGCAGCUGUGAAGAAGGAGGAAGGGGGAGCGGAGCCCGGGGGCAAUGAGGUGGAGGCAGGAAAAGCUGCUCGGUUAGGAGGAGACCCCCCAAAAGGCGAAGACUUCCUAGAAGGAGACCCCGAAGAAUCCGAGCUGCACACCGAAAGCGAAGGAGCAAGGCAGUCAAAAAGAAAAAAUAAAAAUGCCUAUAGCCACGCGGGAGGGGAUUCCGCUUGCGCGAAGCCCAUGCAAAGAUAUGGAUUAGAGUCCAUGCAAAGAUACGGAUUUGAAGCCAUGGACGGAUAUGGAUUUCCAAGCACACGUGGCAGCGGAAGCAGGAGCAGACGCACGCACGGAGACGCCGCUAACAUAAUCAAGAGGAUCAAAAGGAACAAAGUCUACACAUCGAUAAUAAAAAACGUACGUAGACAAAUGUAUGCACGGAGGGAUGGAGAAAGCACACACAAGAAAAUUAAAAAAAAAAAAACUUCACUUUGA